CACAACUCCGGGUCCGACCGAAAUGCAGGACUUGAUCGAUAUCUACAUAUGGCGUCGUUCUUCCCCUUGGCUAGUGGCGCAUCCGAUGGCUGGUCAACGGACAACGAGGCCACCGCAACAUGUUUCUGUGGGGACGUCCAAUUAGCCUUUACAUUUCUGCAGCCAACACAAGCCCCCGGACUCGUCACCACCUUCAUCUGCCAUUGCUCAGACUGCCGCAAGAUAACAGCAAGCAUGUUUGCGUCCAAUUUCACCAUCGACGACCGCUACUUGCGACACAUCCGAGGUCAAGAAAACUUGCAAACAUUUUCACAGUCGCAUACGAUCGGGUCGGGCCAGACUAUGACCAACUUCUUCUGUGGGAGGUGUGGAAGUCUGAUGUACCGAAGAGGUGCAGCCUAUCCAGGGUUUUCUGUCCUCCGCAUUGGAACUGUCGAUGAUUUCCAUUUACACGAGACCAAGUUGCGUCCCCGACUCGAGCAAUACACAAAGACGCGGGUGGGUUGGUUGAGACCAGUCGAGGGGAUGAAGCAAUUCCCGGAAAUGGCUUAUAGAGCGACGCGAAAACGCGAAUCCAAGUUGUAG